AUGCCUGUAACAAGAGGAAGAGCGCGUAUGAUGGAAAGCCAGGAGGACGACAUGGACGAAGGUCAGUCUCAGAUGAUGCAGGAGAUAGAGGAGGAAGUAGAAGAGCACGACGAGCAGACGCCGGCCGCAGCUGAAGCGCAGGAUGAGGUCAACUUGAAGGAGAUGGCCAAGCAGCUGACGAACACGCUCAAGCACCUGCUGACGACGCACCGCCAGCUGGAGAACGAUGCGGCCAUGAUCCAGGCCGGAAUGGACGAGCUGUACCGCAUGCAACAAGACCGAGCUCAGCGCAUUGUUGGGAGACUCAAGAACGCGAGCUCCACGAUCUUAACGUUUGGCGAGGCGACUCAAGACGCACGAAGAGAUCGCCCGGAGCAAGACGAGAACGACUGCGAGGAGGAAGAUGAGGAGAUGAUGCAGUAG